AUAGGCAGCUGCCUACCAUAGCAGAAUUCUGAGCUUCAUAAGAGACCUACUUGGAAUGCUCUACAUAGGCAGCAACUCCAGGUAUCACUCGCAGUGCCCGGGAGACCAGAUUCACUACUGAUUUCAAUACAGUAGCCCUGGAGGGAUGCGACAAAUGUUGAAAAUGUUAAACAUGAACAACAAACAUCAACUUGACACCUGUCAGCUGGGCCCAAGCAGUUUUUCCACCUGAGCUUAAUAUCCCGGGUAAGAACCGGUUACAUUCUAUUUGCUUUCUCCACCCUAGCCUGCUCAGUUCCACCCCCUAUUCUCCAGAAUCUCGUACCCCUGAUGGGCGCAAUAUCAGCCAGUGCAAGAGGACCACCAUCUCAGCCUACAUCUCAACCCUAACAGCAGUCCUCACCAUGGAGAUGAAACAACCAGUGAUGAUGAAUCGAGAAUAUGAGGGCGAGCAGGAGAAAGAACAGGAGUCACAGAAGAACGGCAGGCUGGUUGCAGACAGUGUUGAGGACAAUGGUCCGAAAUCAGGCUCAGGGCCUGGGCAGGUCUCCAACGGCUACCCUAGCACAUCCCCACAAAGCCCCAGAGAAGGUGCUGGCGCUGGUGCUGGGACGGACAGAGGAAGCACCCCUGUAAUGUUCAGGACUCUGGUUGUCCAGCAGACCAGUCUGGAUCCACCUAGGGAGACCUGGAGCAAAAAGAUGGAUUUCCUGCUCUCUGUCAUCGGGUAUGCAGUGGACCUGGGAAAUGUGUGGCGCUUUCCUUACAUCUGCUACCAAAAUGGAGGCGGGGGAUGCAUGAGAGAUAGAGCAUGCAGGGAGACACACUCGCUGCAACCAACAGCAUUAAUUGUGGCUGUCAUGGGAGCUUUUCUCUUGCCGUACCUGCUGAUGGCUGUUUUUGGUGGCGUCCCUCUGUUCUACAUGGAGCUGGCGCUGGGCCAGUUUCACCGCAGUGGGUGUAUCUCCAUCUGGAAACACAUAUGCCCCAUCUUCAAGGGUAUAGGAUUUGCCAUCUGCAUCAUUGCACUCUACAUUGCCUUCUACUACAAUACCAUUAUGGCCUGGGCACUCUACUACCUCCUGUCCUCUUUCCAUUCCACACUGCCCUGGACCACCUGCAACAACCAGUGGAACACUCAGAACUGCACCCACUACCUGUCCACUGACUCGAAUGUCUCCUGGACCAUCAAUUCCAUCUCUCCCGCUGAGGAGUUCUAUAUACGGCAAGUGCUGCAGGUACACCUAUCCCCUGGUCUUCAUCAGCUGGGAGGGGUGAGCUGGCAGUUGGCCCUCUGUCUUUUCUUCAUCUUCACUGUUGUCUACUUCAGCAUCUGGAAGGGGGUCAAGACCUCCGGCAAGGUAGUGUGGGUGACUGCUACCUUUCCAUACCUGGUGUUGUUUAUCCUGUUGAUAAGAGGAGCCACGCUGCCCGGAGCAUGGAGAGGAGUGAUCUUCUACCUGAAACCUGAUUGGAGCAAACUUCUCACCACAUCAGUUUGGCUUGAUGCAGCUGCGCAGAUCUUCUUCUCUCUGGGUCCAGGCUUUGGUGUUCUCUUGGCCUUUGCCAGUUACAAUCCCUUUCAUAACAACUGCUACAAAGAUGCAUUAAUCACAAGUUCAGUUAACUGUUUGACCAGUUUCCUGUCAGGCUUUGUGAUCUUCACAGUGCUGGGCUACAUGGCUGAGAUGCGCCAUCAAGGGGUGGAAACUGUAGCUAAGGACGCUGGUCCCAGUCUGCUCUUCAUCAUCUACGCUGAGGCUAUUGCCAACAUGCCAGCUGCCACAUUCUUUGCCAUCAUAUUCUUCCUCAUGAUAAUUAUGCUGGGACUGGACAGCACGUUUGCCGGUCUGGAAGGGGUAAUUACAGCCAUGUUGGAUGAGUUCCCCCACCUGUUGGCCAGGAGGAGAGAGUGGUUUGUGCUGGGUCUUGUGUGUGUCUGUUACUUGGGUGCCCUCUCUACUCUCACCUACGGAGGUGCGUUUGUUGUUAAACUAUUUGAGGAGUAUGCCACAGGCCCUGCUGUUAUCACUGUAGUCUUCCUCGAAGUCAUUGCUGUUUCCUGGUUCUAUGGGAUAACACGUUUCUGCAAUGACGUGCAGCUGAUGCUUGGCUUUUCCCCUGGUGUGUUUUGGAGGGUCUGCUGGGUAGCCAUCUGUCCUUGCUUCCUACUGUUCAUUAUUGGGAGUUUCCUGGCCUUCCCUCCAGAAGUAAGGCUGUUUAACUACAUGUACCCUUUCUGGACCACAGUACUGGGCUACUGUAUUGGGGUUUCCUCCUUCAUCUGUGUGCCUUCCUACAUGGUCUACCUUCUGCUCACCACCAAAGGGACCUUCAAACAGCGUCUUCUAAAGAGCAUCACUCCUGAGACUCCUGAGGCUCCAGGGUCCAGCGACUUUCACAGAGACACAAUUGUCGUCACCAAUGCUGUGUGACACUAAGACAUUUCGCCCUCUACUGGACAAAGAGCACAAACACAGGGGACCCGUGGCCCCUGUAAGGGCCCCAGCUGACUUUCCAUCACACCUCAUUCCAAAGGAGUCUGCUACCUCUACUGUGUGAUGGUGGGACCAGGCCUCUGAAUACAGCAAUUGUUUAAUUUUUAUUCAUGACAUGCCUCUGUCAUUGCUCAUGAGUUACUGUCUGUCGUGGUUUUAAAUUCUCGAGAUGACUGAGUUUGUGGUUUUGUGCUUCCGCCAACUUUUGAUCACCAUAACCAAUAUGUUCAUGAUUAUGGCGUGAAUUUAUGACUAUAUUUACAUCUGGUGAGCGUGGUUUGGGUUUGGGAACAGAAAUAGUUCUAUUUACUUUAUAUAAUAUACAUUUUAUAAAGAUUAUUUUUAAGUAUAAUUUGGCUAUUAAAUAGUAUUUAAAUAUGUUCCAAAAUACAUAAUGAAUAUAUUAAAUUAUGGUUUUACAUUUGUGACCAACUUCAGGUAUAUUUUACACAUGCUUAUACAGUUAUUUUUAUUACAGAGGCUUUUUGUUGUUAGGGACUGAUUAUUGAUAUAUUUUCAUGGUUUUUAUGUGUCAUUUAGAAGUUUGUAUGUACUUUACAUUGUUUUUAUGGAGGAUGGAGGAAUACAACAGAGAGAGAAAUAUUUUUAUGAGAGAAAGGGCCAAAUAUUUGUAAUUUUGGUUGUUCACAUGUAUUUGUUUUUUGCACAAGUGCGUUUGUAUUUGCAAAUGUGUGUGUGUGUCCACCAGUGUUUAGCCUAUAUUUGGCAGGUAUGUUAUAACUGUCAGGCAUAUCGUUAAAAUAUGUAUUAAUUUGUGGAAAAUUAGUGGUAUUUCAUUCACAUAAUGCUUAUUUUAAUUAUUUGCAACUGGAUCUCUUUGUCUGCCUACCCAGUUCCCAUUUACAUGUACUGUAGCAUUUACAAGAAUGUAACCAAAUAUUCAGGAUUUGGGGGGGACCACAUUAUUUUGUCACUGAAAAACCCAUGUUGGUCGACCACUAAUUGACCAUGAAUAUUGGGGAGUAGUGACUUCCUCAUGACUGAUUACAGUCCUGAGCAUUUAUUUACAUACUUCUUUAUGUGAGUUACACAAAGUAGCAGAAACCAAAUACUAAUGUGCUUGUUACAAAUGCUUCAGCCAUUAUCCUCAAGAUUUUUAUUUAAUAAGAAAAAAGGUGUGACUGGACAUCCCAUUGUGUACACGUGUGUUUUGUGAGUCUUGCUAUUCUUGUAGUCCGGCGUUCUGUGAUGACUUGUUCAAUUAGUAGAGUGGGAAAAUGUGAGACUGUCAAUUUCUCUGUUGAACUGACAUGUGUGAGCUGUACAUUGAGGUAGAAGUAAAAAGCCAUGGUCAGCUCUGUCAGUGUGUGUGCGUGCCUUAGACGUAAGUCUAUAUUGUGCAUGCGUGCGUGUGUGUGCUUCAGUCGUGUGGAACUUUCCCUCUACUUUCUCAUCAGAAUUUACUAUUCUGUCUAUGAAAGUAUUGAGAAUCUAUUGUACUUUAUAAAGUCUAACUAUGAUCCAUGUAUGUCCACAAGACUGUUAAAAGAAAGCAUGUGUAGGACAAAGACAUAUAUGAAAUAUUAGAGAUAUAAAAUAAAAUUAUAUGUAUUAAUAAUGAUUGUGUUUAUAGCAUUUCUAAGAUGUCUUGUAAGAUGGCGAAUGAGGGAAAAAAAGUCAAAAAGAUUCAUUUUUACUAAUACAUUUAUUUUUUUCCAUAUGAAGAACCCAUAAACAUGCUAUCAUACAA